CCCACAACACAACCUUUCCCACCUUUAACAUCAAAGAUUCUCAACACCGAUAAACCAUUCGCAUGUCAUUUUUAUUUAUUUUAUUUAAAAAAAAAAAGAAGGAAAACCAAAAAUGUCUUCAUGGCUUGCUCGUUCCCUUGCAAACUCUCUCCGACUCGACGAUGAAGGUAACAUUGAAAACGACGUCGUAACCAACCCUCCAACACCCUCCCCCAGAAAUUACCCUCAACAAAAUCAAUCACAAGAUAAUGCAAUUGAAUCACAAUCACAACAUCAACAACAGCAUCAUCACGAUGAUGAUGAUGACGAUGAAACGCAAGGUCGUGGUGUUAAAGAAGACCUGGAUGAAAUCAAACAAACCCUAACUCGUCAAUUUUGGGGAAUGGCUUCGUUUCUCGCUCCUCCCCCAACAACUUCUCAAUCCGAUCACACUUUCCCUCGCAAACUAGAAGAAGAACAUCAUCAGCGACAAUUUGAUGACGCUGUAAUCUCGAAUCCAUCUUUGGAUAUGGAACAAGGUGCGCUCCGCGAGGAUGAUCCUGACCCGAAUUCGAAUACAUUUGGAUCCGAUUCGGAUGGAGACCGGGACCAGGAGUUUGAUAUCCCAUCCGCGGUUGGAAUUACGGAGGAGGUAUUGACCUUCGCUUUGAAUAUCGCUAUGCAUCCUGAGACGUGGCUGGAUUUUCCUAUUGAUGAGGAAGAUGAUACCGAUGAUUUUUACAUGUCCGAAGAACAACAAGAGCAUGCUUUGGUCGUUGAAAGACUUGCUCCGAGAUUAGCUGCACUCAGAAUUGAACUGUGCCCUUGUCAUAUGAGUGAAAGUUACUUCUGGAAAGUCUAUUUUGUACUUUUGCAUUCAAGGCUUAAUAAACAAGAUUCAGAGGUUUUGUCUACACCACGGGUCAUGGAAGCCAGAGCGACAUGGAUGCAGGAAUUGCACAAACAGACAAAGCCUGAAUUUGAAAUAUUCGGAAGAAGUGAUCUCUACUCAAGAGAAAAUGUUCAGCAUCAUGAUUCUACUCCCAGCUUAUCAGAUGACACCUAUUCUGAUGACAUGCCUCACCAGACAUACGGAUAUAGAACAGACUCUUUGUCCGUGAGGGCAGAUAAUGAGUCUGAGAAGCACACAGUCGAAAGUUCUGGAUCACAUUUCUCUGAUAAGUCAGUUAUUGAAGAAAAUCCAAUUAUUAAAAAUGUAAACACGGAUCUGAAAAGUGGUCGACGGUCUCAAAUUAUCAUUCAAGACUAUGGUGAUGACGACGACGAUGAUUGGCCUGAGGAUGAUUCUGACUUAGGGGGAUAUGGUGGAACAACACUCCCUAUUGUCAAUGAAGAAGACAUAUCUUUCAGCGAUCUAGAGGAUGAUGAUUUUGGCAUUAAACAUGUUAGUGCCAGUCCAGGUUCAGAGGUGGUAUAAACUUCAAUCCAGAUGACACAACUGUGGUGAUUGUAGGGGCACUUGAGACUCACUCCGAACAUGGAAUCAAAGAUGGUUGCUAGAUGCUCGGAAAAACAAAGAACUGGUGUGUGAACUCUAGCUUUUUAUUUUUGUUCAUAAUGGUGAUUGAAGUUGCAAAAUUGCUGUGAUGCUAUUUGAGGCUGUUAAACAAACAUGUUAAUCAUUUUCCCCAUCAUUGUUUUGUCGCAAGGCUAUGUGGAUUCGAAGGUGCAUCUUGUAUUUGAAAACAGCUCAAAUGAAACGGAUAAGGUGGAGUCAAGAAAGGGGAUCUGUUGUCGUAGGUUGAAAUAGGAGCAUCUAUCUCAGGGACCACUCUGUUUGAAGAAACAUCAUAUAGGUGAAAGAAUGUAUAUAAGAUGUCUUGUUUGUUGUCAAAUAUAGAUUUUGAAUUUUUUAGUUGAUUUAUAGUGGAUGUAAUAGGGUUUGGAGUUUUCUCUCCGGUGUUGUUCUCCUGAAACCUAAUUAGCCUUGGUGUGUCAACUGUGUUUGAAAACCAUAGUGAUUACUUCAUUAACUUGAUUGAUGAUCAACUGGAAUGUGUUUUUCA